GCCCACACCCACUAUAGCAUCGACAGCAAAAGGCGCAUUCAACAGCUCCUUAACCUUUCUUCCCGGAAAAAGUAAGUUCUUUCUGGAAUUUUGAAAUGCGUCAGUUUCUAAAAAAGGUAAAUAUGCCCUUCUCUCACUAGACAUUAAGUUACGACACUCGGAGUUCUUCCUAAAAAGUAGCACGCAUUUAAAGCACACACAUGUUUAAAUAACGAAAUCAAAGACGAUUGGCAAGAAGACUCGGAGCGGAAAGUUCGCCGGCGAAGACAAAUUUGGCAAGAAGACAAAUUCUUGUACGCUUCAAAUUUUCAGUGCAUUUUUCGGGCUUAAAUUUAUCAAAAGCAUGUAAUUAUGAAUAUCAUUUUUUAAAGAGAUAAAAUAAAUAUCAUAACAAAAAACAUUACAAUCUCAUACGAAUAUUUAGUGGAAUAAGUUCAAGCACAAUUAAAUGCAUUUUCGAAAUUGCUAAAUUCAUAGCACUGAAAGAGGCUAAAAAUGGCAGCAUUGACAUCAAAAGAAUCCGAAGACACAGCACUGGAAUCAAGAGGUUAUACGCUGGGUAAAAAACUGGGUCAAGGCUCUUAUGCUAAGGUUCGAAUGGCUGAGUAUAGAGCUGGCGAUAAGGUUGAAAAAUUGGCUUGUAAGAUCGUGGAUAAAAAUGUGGCUCCCAAAGACUUUCUAGCGAAAUUCUUUCCUCGAGAACUGGAUAUAAUUCCAAAAAUGGACCAUCCGAGCGUGAUUAGAGUCCACAGCAUACUGGAAAGAAACAUGAAGGUGUACAUAUUCAUGCAGUGCGCCGAGAACGGCGACCUGCUAGAACAUAUUCAAAAGAACGGCGUGAUCCCUGAGGCGCGAACUCGUGCCUGGGUCCAGCAGAUGAUCAGCGGACUUAUCUAUCUGCAUAACCUCAACAUCUGCCACCGCGACCUCAAGUGCGAGAACGUGCUCAUCACUAAGAACCACAACCUCAAGAUCGCCGACCUGGGCUUUGCACGCUACGUGGUGGACGCCGAGGGAAAGCGGGUGCUGAGUCACACCUACUGCGGCUCGGCCGCCUACGCCGCCCCGGAGGUGGUCAAGGGCACGCCCUACAACCCGAAGAUGGCCGACGUCUGGUCCAUGGGCGUCAUCGUAUACAUCAUGGUGAACGCGUCCAUGCCGUUCGACGACAGCAAUCUCAAUAAGAUGCUGCGCGACCAGUUGAACCGCAACUGGAGCUUCCGCAGCAAGGUGCGCGACAAAAUGUCGCCCGACCUUAAGACCAUGAUCACCAGAAUGAUCGAGCCGGACCUCACCAAGCGCUUCACGGCCGAUCAGGUGCAGCAGUGCGAGUGGAUGAACAGAUCUUGAGGGUCACAGUCGCGUCACACGCGAAACAAUCAGCUAACAUUUCACAACUUCCUGAUGGUACAUACUUUUCGGCUCUAAAUAACCCCAGUAAAUACUGCGAGAUUAAAUAUACCAUGCAAGCGGUAAUGCUGCAUGAAUUAA